AUGUACUCAGGGAAUCAAACUUUUAAGAAUCAAACAUCAAGCAUCUAUUUCACCCUCAUGGGAUUAUUUGAUCAAACUAAGCAUUCAGUCUUCCUAUACACCUUGAUCUUCAUCUUUUUCUUGAUAGCCCUAACUGGGAAUAGUCUUCUCAUUUUCCUGAUCCUCUUGGACUCUCGCCUCCACAACCCCAUGUACUUCUUCAUAAGCCAGCUCUCACUUAUGGACCUUGUGUACAUAUGUGUGACAGUGCCUAAGAUGCUUGUGGACCAGAUCAUCGGAGAUAAUACAAUUUCUCCUUUAGGCUGUGGGAUCCAGAUGUUCUUUCAUCUGACCCUCUCUGCAGCAGAAGUUUGCCUCCUGGCUGCCAUGGCCUAUGACCGAUAUGUUGCCAUUUGCAGACCUCUCCAUUACCCACUGCUCAUGACAUCAAAAGUCUGCAAGCUCCUUGUGUCUGUUUGCUGGUUAUUGGGCAUACUUGAAGGUCUUGUUUUUACCCCCAUUACCAUGAGCUUCCCCUAUUGUCAGUCCAGGAAAAUCCUUAACUUCCUCUGUGAGUCUCCCGCCUUGAUGAAGCUUUCCUGCUCUGACGUUUAUCUCUAUGAGAAACUCAUGUACCUGUGUUGUGUCCUUAUGCUUCUCAUUCCCAUGUCUAUUAUCGCCACCUCCUAUGUCCUCAUUCUACACCUCAUUCACAGGAUGAAUUCAGCCGAGGGUCGUAAGAAGGCACUUGCCACCUGCUCCUCCCACAUGAUGGUAGUGCUGCCCUUUUUCGGUGCUGCCACCUACAACUACAUGCUCCCCAGAUCCUAUCACACAGGUGAACAAGACAUGAGUGUCUCUGCCUUUUAUACCAUUAUCAGUCCUGUGCUGAACCCCCUAAUUUAUAGCCUCCGGAACAAAGACGUCGUUAUUACCCUGAGGAGCAUAAUGCCAUCAGUGAUGAGAGUGAGAAAAGUUGUAAAUGGGAAAAUUUAA